AAAGUACACUUCCCAUACAGCUAUAUGUUAAUGGCAUACACAUGGGCUGGUGGUGAGCGAGUAGAAAAGGGGGUCCAUAACAUAAGCCAGUGUCUCUUUAAAAAAAUUCAAGUUUCUUGUUGUAUUCUGGAAUGAGGUCAGACACGAGGCUCCUCAUUGCACGCGCUGAUUAUUAUUAGAUUCCAUUUUCGCCAAUCAGAGCCGAGAGGGGCGUGAGUUUGGCACAGAGGCAGGGUAGCGACAGCGUCCCAUUGGUGGAUUUUUAUCGCCGUUGUAUCUCGGGAAGGGAUAAAUGCAAGCAAGGGGGGCCGGGACUGGAGGGCUGCUUGAAACUCGACUGCAGGUCUACAGAUGGAAGGCGGACAGUGUAACUCGCUGUAGGUUCCUUUUUUUUCCUCCCCAGCAUGCAUGGCUUUUGUUUCUAGGAGAGGGGGACAGGGCUGAUGCAGAGAAAAGCACUUACCACUGUACUUGGGAGCCCUUUGUAAAUGCCCGAGCGCACAGUGUCGCACUCAGUCUGCGCUCUGCAGCUGCAUAGACUAUGUUCAGUCACCACCAGGCUGAAUUGAUUUUAUAACACAGAAGGAAGAGACUGAGAGACUGAUUACAGGGUACCUACACAUUGGAGAGUGGGCUAUGUCGGGCUGUUUAACACUCACAGAACCUGGAAAUUAAACUUUUUUUUAUUUUAUUUUAUUUUUUUACACACCUAGCCUUUUUAAGGCUACACUGGACUGAACUGUUCUCGAGUUUACUGUACAUCUCAGGAGUGAAUUAUUUCUUGCGCCUUUUUUACUCAGCUCAAACUGUGAAGAGGGGGAAAAGAGCUGAGUUUGCUUUAAAGUGAAUCGGAGGACCAAGAACAGAGGGAGAGAGAAAGAGCAAGUACUUCGCUCUCCCACAUAACUGGGCAGCAUGGUGCAGAAAAUGAGCCACACAGAGAGCACCGCCGAGGCGCUGUCCUUUUUCGCCGGGGACUCGAGCUCCGACUCCGGGGCUUGCAUGGACCUGGACCCGGCAGCCUCGCCUCUCUCCCCGGACUCCUCAGCCUCUUCGACGGCCGGAGACAAACUAGGCGAAAACCCGGCAUGGUGUAAAACUCCCAGCGGUCACAUCAAGAGACCCAUGAACGCCUUUAUGGUGUGGUCACAGAUAGAGAGGAGGAAGAUUAUGGAGCAGUCUCCUGACAUGCACAACGCCGAGAUCUCCAAAAGGCUGGGGAAGCGGUGGAAGCUGCUCAGAGACAGCGAUAAGAUCCCCUUCAUCAGAGAGGCGGAGCGGCUCAGACUCAAGCACAUGGCGGACUAUCCCGACUACAAGUACCGGCCGAGGAAGAAGGUAAAAUCAAGCGCCUCAAAGCCGGGCAGCAAUGGGGACAAGGGAGAGAAACUCAACAGUAGCUCUAACAACACCAGCACUAAGUCAUCCUCAUCUUCGAGGAAGAAUGGAUCCAAAUCACCCAGCAGCAGCAAAACCCACAAAUCACUUUUCGGGAGCAGCAGCAGUAGCACCAAAGCAUCACCGUUUGCCUCUGAGCACUCAUCAGAGCACCAUCACAACUCUCUCUACAAGUCAAAAUCUGUCUCCUCAGCAGCCAAGCAGAUACCGGAUGGCAAGAAGCCCAAGCGGGUAUACGUCUUCAGCGGCAGCGCGGCCGGCUUGAGCGUCAGCCCCGCGUCCUCCGUCGCGGUCCCGGCCAGCCCCACGCUCAGCAGCUCGGCGGACUCCAGCGACCCGCUGAGCCUGUACGAGGACGCGGCCAGCGGCAGGGAGGAGGGAGGCGAUUCCCCCGGCAGCAGCGGCAGCCUAGGCGGCUCCUCGGAGCGCCACGGCGGGCACACAUACAGCAGUCGGCGGGCUUCUUCACCUACUCCCUCCGGCUCUCACUCCUCCGCCUCGUCCUCUUCCUCGUCCUCGGAGGAUGAAGAGUUUGAGGACGACUUGCUCGACAUUAACCCGAGCCCCAGCUUUGAUAGCAUGUCGUUGGGGAGCUUUGGCUCCUCGGUGCUGGACAGGGACUUGGAUUUGAACUUUGAGUCCGGCUCCGGGGGUUCCCACUUUGAGUUCCCCGACUACUGCACGCCCGAAGUCAGCGAGAUGAUCUCCGGGGACUGGUUGGAGUCCACCAUCUCCAACCUUGUGUUCACAUACUGAGUGAGCAAAAGGCUACUUUUCUUUGGAUGUGUGGACUGUGGGACUUGGUACAACCACGAAAGUGGAGGGAGUGCAAAACAAGAGAAGAGAAGGAGAGAAAAUGAGAGACUGGCUGAGUUUCCUGUUAGUGAAACGCUCAGUCCUGGACUGUUUUGAACUGAACAACUUAACUGUGAUUGAUUUGCACGUUAUGCGGUCCGCCGUUCACUUAAUCAAUGUUGUUGCUGAUUUUAGAAAAGGGACAUUUCACAACUUUUUACCGUUCGCCAAGUGAAUUUCACCACUAAAAAGGUACAGAAAUAGGACUGUCGUGCGACAUUUUUACUGUGGUGUGUCACCGAGAGGGAUUUUUAAUGAAACCGAGGUGGGUUGAUGUUUUUUAAAAGUCGAAUAUUUUCUCAAAAGCAAAAAACAUGUUAAGCAUGAUAGCCUACUUUGUUCCUAUCUUGUGCUGAGAUUUUCUGUGAGACUGUCAAGCAGUUUAAAAACUAGUAUUAGGGUUAUUUAAAUGGAUAGGUGGCGCUCGCUUCGGUUCUUCUCUUUAAAAAAGGACAUUGAAAUAAUCACCAGCUGUUGUAAUUUUUCAAACUUCAGGAUUCAGACGCAACUUCAAAUCUGUGCUGAACUUUAUACAUGUGUUCUCUGCGAUUCAGGACCAAAAUUCUUUAAUGUUAAUUUCAGAUGAUAGCUAUAGAGAAAUCCUCACCGAUUUUUUUUCAUCCUCUGAGCUUUGUUUUGUACAUGUAUUCAGAUGCCAUUUUAUAUGGGAUGUUGUAUUUAUAUACUGGGCCAAGCAUUUUUGACUUGAUCAUUUUUUAAUUUCUCGUAGUCCUGUUUUUUUUCUUACACAGUUGUUUGUCAGUAUGUCUGUGUCUGUCACAUUUCCUUCUCAGGCGAAGGGCUAGAGUUUUAAAAACACACAACUUUGAUUUCUUUUUAUAUUUAAAUGUACACACUUUUUGGACACUUAAAAGAGAGGAAACAGUUUGAUUAUUUUCUCAGUGUAUUUUUGUACAAAUCUAUAUAGAAAAUGGGGGAGUCAACAAUCGGUGUGUGUAGCCUACUAUUACAGCUGUAUUGGGUUUCCUAAUUUUAAGACCCCGGCUGGCUGGUUUUCAUGCUGCCUUCAAGUGCUCAUGGUAAACUCGUACUUAUGAGUUUUUCUUGCCUGAUCAAAUGUUUUUGGAAGGUGAACCAGUAAAACAGACAAUAUGACACUGUGGUGGCCAUUAUUUAAUUUUAGAAAUUAAAGGCACCAAACUAUUUUAUACUGUAGUGACAAAGCAGAGCAGAGCAGAUAAUCUGAAUCAGGUGUGUAAUUCAGUAAUUUGGCAAACUUGGUGAGACUUUUACCAGCAAAUACUGACAAGACUUAUUUUGUCCAAUUCCUUAACAUCCCCUAUUGUCAAUUUAGAUAUAAGAUACUUAACCACCCAGUUAUAAGGAUACAAAAACGAUUUUCCCGACAGCACUUGAAAGCAGCACCAGUCUUUGUAUCAGCCUACCUUCUACGUUUACAGUGCCAGUCUGCAGGCUCCUUAAAGACACAGGAACGCAUUAUUUCCGGAGGCUAUUCCUGUGGACCAUGUGGUUUGAACAGCAUCACUCUCUUAAUCAGCCACUCCUUUUUGCAUUUCCUGUCUGAUAUCUUGCCUGUGACAACAAAUGAGGAGAUUGUAGCUUUAAAUUUGACUUAUUUCUUGAUGUUUUCAUUAAUUGAUGUCAAAAUUGCCAAUCAACCACUGGAUUGAACAGGCUAUCAAUAUAGCAAGCAAACAACAAGGAUGAUAACAUCAAGCAUAUUCAAAUUUCUGACUUGAGUUCCGCAACACCUACUUGUACUGCGUUUCUCAUUGUAUUUGAAUAUAUAAUCUUUUCUACUUGUCGGCUAACUAUUAGCUAAUAAUUGUUUUAGUAUCUUUAUGGCAUGGUGAAUAGCAUUUGUAUUUCAGAUUCAGGUUAUUAGCUGUUGUGUUUUUCAGAAAAAAAUGAAAAAAUGAGGAAAAACGAUGAAACGUGAACUCGAUCUUUGUAUAUUUGACUGUAUCAUAAAGCAAAAAGAUUGUGUGUUUAUGUACGUUGUUGCUAUCGAGGACAGGCACUGUCUAGAACUGCUAUCUUUUACACAUCCUUACUUACAUUUAAGGUGGUCAGUUCAGGACUCUUUUUUUAUAUAUAUAUGAAAGCAUUUUAAAUAUAUUAACUUUAUUUUUCAUCCAUCCUGUGCAAUAUGCUGUGUAGAAUUAUCAUUUAUUGUCUCUAAUCAUGCCAUAAACAAAGGAACCACCCUUUUUUUGAGACUCAGAGAAAGGGGGGAGAACUCAUGCCAGCUAAAUUUGUGUCCAUUCACUGCCUGUCAGAUUGUUGAUAUAAACUUGUGUACAGAACUUUUUCAAGGAAGGAAAUAAAUAUCAGCUGGAACUGAAA